AACAGGUCUGCAGCUAGUAAAGGGUGAAUACAUUAUGACAGGAUUUUUGGUUUUGGGUAUAAACGCUGCUUAAAUACAGCAGAAUUUUUAACUUAAACUGCUGUAGAGUGUAGUUUCAAGCCUAGUUAAUCACAUGAAACAUGAAAUUCAAGGUCACUUGAUAACUAAAAAAAAAAUGACACACUCAAAUCCAUAGUGUUUUGAGAUGAAAUCAAAUAUUCAAGUAAGUAUAUAUGAGAGAGAGUGUGCUCUGUGGACUUGGUGUGUGUUUUCGGUAGAGUUUGAAAAAAUGGGCUAUAUGCAAUCAUGGUCUUAUAAAAGAAAACAUUCAGAAAUUGAUUUAAAAAUUGAUGCCCAAAAAGUGCUUAGUGCUGGACAAAGCCAGAAAGUGUGAAAAAGAGUGGCUGGAGAUUGUUGACACCCGUUACAAGUUAGAUCAAAACCAGGCCGAGCUUCAUAAUUUAAACAAACAUUUUGAAAUAUAUUUUAUUUAAUUAAAAUUGAUUCCUGAAAAACACAUGUCCUCUAACUUAUAAGGAAAACGAAAGGAAAAUACUAGAUUCAGUAGAUUCACAUUAUUAUGUUUUUAAAUCCCAUCCACACAUCUUUAAUCUAAUUCAUUUCUGACUUCAUAUCCUUAUACAUUAAAUAUACAUAUAAAAAGAAAUAAAACUCUUCAAGUAGACUACUCCCACUGAGAUCAUGAAGUAAUGUGGACUAUCAGUUCUGUUCAGAUACCAUGAUAUUUGCCGCCCUCAAGUGGUUGAGAAAGAGAAUACAACCAAUAAGAAAGUAUUAGCGACGCAGCAUUAUACUGCAGAAGUACGGAAUUAAAUAUUAUAAAAGUGUUUGAACAAGUAUUAAAACAAGUAGAUUUACAUUUAUAAUAUGAUUUAAUAUUUAUUUUAGCUUUAUUUUAGGCAUUACUAUAAGAAUUGUCAGGUAUUAUGUAUGCAAUAUGUAGUUCAGCAAAUUUUAAAACAAAACAAAUUGAUCUCAAGGACAUUUUAUUUGAUGUCAUAAUUAGAACGUCAAAGUGGAAUGUUAAGGCUUGACGGUGUAAUUUAGUUUUAGUGGGUAGUUUGGAGUGAGACAGUGCGUUUGUUUUAUCAUGGGUCAGCGAAUUUCUUGUCUGAAUAUAGCGACAGAGUCGGAGUGUGUGUACAGUUUACAUCCUAGUACACCACUUCAGUUAAAUAAUGACACGCCUCGUCAAGAAAACCAUCAGCUUGAUGAGAGCCGUGUUGUUCCUUGUGAGGAAGAUGGAGAAGGGAGUUUGGUAAAGGAGAAAAAGAAAGAGAAGAAAAAAUCGAGUUUUUGGAGAAAGCUGUUCCGCUUUUCACGCCCAAGAACUGGAAGGGGUAAAAAGGUGGAGCAGGUGGACAGUGAGAAGGUGAAGCCAGUCACCGAAGCAGAACCUUCUACUGAUGGUAAAUCCCUUUAUUUUUUGUGUGACUGCAAUUUUUUUUUAUAUAAAAAUGAUCACCUUAGCUUUAAAAUAUUGUCUCUGCAAAUGUAUUUGUAAAAGGAUUGAAACGUUUCUGUGUGUUUUAAUUAAAGUAAAUGUUGAAUGUAUGUUCCCCUCUUUAGAUCAAACCUCAGUAGGAAACAUCCCAAACCCUGUUGAGCAUCAUGAAUCCCAGCAAGCUCCUAACAGCCUUGAGGUUCCUUCCUCCAUCAUUGACCUGCAAAUACAGGAACAGUGUGAGAAUGUGGAGCUGGAGGAAGAAACGUCUACUGAUGAUCCAACUUCAGUGGAGACCAUAUCUUCUGUAGAGAGUUAUGGUCCUCAGAACACUCCCAACAGUAGUUUUGAGAUUCCUCUCUUCACUGUUGACGAGCAAAUCCAGGAGUUUCCAGAUGAUCUGUCAGAGGAAGAAACUGUGUGUCCUCUGGCAGAAAACCCAAGCCAAGACAUGGUCUUGAUUAUUGGGAGCAUGUGCUGGACCUACAACAUGGGUGAGCUACUGGGAGAAGGAGGAUUUGGUGCCGUAUAUGCUGGUGUCCGUGCCCAUGAUGAUCUUCCGGUGGCAAUCAAGUUUGCCAAAAAAAUGGAGGGCAUGGAAUAUCUCUACGUUCCUGGCCUUCCAGAACUUGUACCACUUGAAAUCGGCCUUACACUUAUGGCAAACAAGGGUCCCAGCUCACCCAACAUAAUCGAUCUGCUGGAUUGGCAGGACUUUCCAGACUAUUAUAUAAUGGUCCUGCAGCGCCCUUCACCAUGCCUGAGUGUGUUCAAGCUGUUGGAGAGCUGUGGCAACAUCUUUGAAGAAAGGUUUGCUCGGUAUGUGAUGCGCCAGGUUAUCGAGGCAGCUGAGACCUGCUGCCGGCGCGGAGUAUUCCACAGAGAUAUAAAGUUGGAGAACUUGAUCAUCAACACACACACCAUGGAUGUCACACUGAUUGACUUCGGCUGUGGGAACCUGUUCCAUGAAACAGAGUACCACACUUUUAGUGGUAUGUACAGUAUUAAAACUUUAGUGUCAUGACACACAAGCUGCUGAAUACAGUAAAAACAAACUGUUGUAACUCAGACAUGCAAAUCUCUUUCCUCCAGGCACAGAGAUGUACUGCCCUCCGGAAUUUUUCGAAACGGGCAAAUACUUUGCACGGCCAGCAACCGUGUAUUCGCUUGGAGUGCUGCUAUACACUAUGGUGUGCGGUUACAUGCCAGACCACACGGAUCGGGAAAAGAUGCAGCACUGGCUCUGGUAUCUGCCGUCCUUGUCCUGUGGUAAGAACUUGAAAAAAUUGUAACAAUCAUACAAAAAAGUGUCUGACAAAGCCACUUGGCUCAGCUGUCCAAAAUGCCAUCAGGAGAUGUAAAGGAUGUUUAAAGUAAUAGUCAAACAUUAAUCCUGUCUUUCAGAAUGCAGUCAUCUCAUAAAUGCCUGUCUGCAUCCCGAUCCCAGCGAGAGGAUACAACUGGAGCAGAUUCUCCUCCACGACUGG